AUAUUAUGGAUUUUAUAUAAUUUAAUGUAUUAAAACAAUGAUCACGAUGGAGGGAAAACAAAAGUUUGAAGUACUGAAGCUGGUUUUUAUUCAGGCGCGUUUCUGGAAAGCGCGCCAAGCAGCCGCCAGUUUGAAAUCCGGAUAAACAGCGCGUGGAUCGGAAGCAUUAUUAAUGCAGACAUGGCACAGAACGAUGCGAUGCAUGACGAUGACCUUGCGAAAUCAGGGGAAGCAUUGAUUGAGUUCAUCAAGAGCAGUAAGGCAGAGAGCGCUCUUCGAGGAGCAAGAGAGAACCUGCAGGAGUUCUUUGACCACCACAUCAAGACCAAGAAGACCACAACCGAGCUCUUAAAUGGUCUUGUACAUGCAGAGGAAGAGGUCGGUCAGAAACUUCUGGAUUUAGAGUGGCAGAAGAGCCAAAUGGCGCAGGAGAUCGAGAGGAUGGAGCAGGAAGUACAGCGGAGCCUCUCCAAAAGCCAAAUCCUGGACUCAGAGCAGGAAUACUUGCAGAAAGAGUUGGAAAGACUCCGAGAUACCGAGCAGGAAAUUCAAACUCUGCAACAGGAAGUGGAUGAGGACACAACUGAGGUCAUUCCUUCAGCCAUAUACGUUGCUCAGCUCUACUUUAAAGUAACCAAGAUAAAGCUGGAGGUGGACACAGAGCCGCACAUACUGAGGGGAGUUCACUACGGUGCGGAUGUGGCAGCCCCCAUUAACAUAGACACAUCCACCCGCUCGCCCUGUGAGAUCAGCGAUGACCUGUGGAGCCUGGUCAAUACUGAAUGGUAGACCUGGUGCACAUGUACACUGUUAGCUAAAUUACUGUUUGUUUUUAUGCGUGUAUAUAUGUGUAUGUGUUUUGUAAGUCUGUUAAUAAAUUUGUCCCCUUUGCAUCA